GUUUUUCGUUAUUUUAAGCAAACCGAAGGAACCAAUCCCGGUACCCUUCUCUUCUCUCAUAAAAUCUAUUCUCGUGGACACUUCUCUCUCACCCCCCGUUUCGCCUUGUUGCAAACAAACCGCUCUCUCUCUCUCUCUGCAGUUUCUUCUACCUCCAAUCGAAGCUUUCAUCUCCAAACGCAAGGUUGGGAUCUACAGGCUGGUAAGGAGAAAUGGGGCUGACAUUCACGAAGCUGUUCAGUCGGCUUUUCGCGAAGAAGGAAAUGCGAAUCCUCAUGGUUGGUCUCGAUGCGGCUGGUAAGACCACCAUCCUCUACAAACUCAAGCUUGGAGAGAUCGUCACCACAAUUCCUACCAUUGGGUUCAAUGUGGAGACUGUGGAAUACAAGAACAUUAGCUUCACUGUUUGGGAUGUCGGAGGCCAGGACAAGAUUCGUCCCUUGUGGAGGCACUACUUCCAGAACACUCAGGGUCUUAUAUUCGUUGUAGACAGCAAUGACAGGGACAGAGUUGUUGAGGCCAGAGAUGAGUUACAUAGGAUGUUGAAUGAGGAUGAGCUGAGAGAUGCAGUACUGCUUGUGUUUGCCAACAAACAAGAUUUACCGAAUGCGAUGAAUGCUGCUGAGAUUACUGACAAGCUGGGUCUCCACUCUCUGAGACAGCGCCACUGGUACAUCCAGAGCACCUGUGCAACCUCUGGGGAGGGCCUUUAUGAAGGUUUGGACUGGCUUUCCAACAACAUAGCCAAUAAGGCUUAAUGCUUUUUUGGGAGUCUUUUGGAUCGAUUAUUCUGGAUGCAGGGGUGAAUAUUAUCUAGCUUUUAUUUCUCGGUCCUCUUUUGAAACAAACAACUCAAGUCUUUGUUCAUCUAAUGUGUGGUUUAGGACAUCUUGGUGGCUAAAAUUGUAAUAGGAAUUUGUUUCAUGGAACGUGUAAUGCUUUUGAGCUUUCUAUUGGGUUUGGAUGCAAUGUCCAUAGCUACAAUUCGAUGAACCAUUUUACAUUUAUUAUGGUCAUUUUAGCUUUCAUAAAUGAGUAUCGGAUGGAGAUUUUUACUUUGUAAGAUACCAUAAAGAAAAACACUAUAUUCACUUCUA